UAAUCCUUUAAAUUAAAAGAGAAAAUUUGGAGAUUAUCAGUUUCGCAAAAUUUAACCCGUCGAACAAAAAUGUCAGAAGUUAAAGUAAAAAUACAAGACGAACCACCAAAACCCCGGAAACUAAUCGGCGUACGGCACUUGCAGUUCGUUUUACUGUUCCUUUCACUCUUGAUUUAUUUCGGGAUGCGAAUCUCCCUCUCCGUUGCCAUAAUUUCAAUGACCGACGACCAACCUCCAGACUCCACAAUUCCCACGUACCCAGAAUGGGACAACACCGACACAAUCCUCUCGUCUUUUUUCUGGAGUUACACCAUCCCCCAAGUCUUCGCCGGCCAACUGAGCGAGUACUUCGGCCCCAAGUGGUUCCUGGUCAGUACCAUGGUCCUGACCUCGCUGGUCAACAUCGCCAUCCCGCCCAUGGCUGCCCUGAUGGGCUCCACUGGGGUCAUAAUCUGCCGGUUACUUCAAGGUCUCCUCCAGAGUGUUCUGUACCCUUCCGUUCACCAUUUGAUCAGCCGGUGGUCGCCUCUUUAUGAGCGGUCCCGCGUUGCUAAUUUCGUGUACGGGGGUGAGGUUUUGGGGACGGCAGUCUCCAUGUUACUGACAGGGGUGAUUUGCGGGUCUAGCUGGGGGUGGCCUGGGUCGUUUUAUGCCUAUGGGGGUGUUGGGGUGGGUUUUGCGAUGGUUUUUGCAUACUUGGCCGAAAAUUCGCCCUCUUGUCACAAGGGGAUAACGGAGGAGGAGCGUGAUUACAUAGAGAGUAGCAAUUCGGUCAAUGUCGAAAAGAAAAUACCAACACCAUGGUGGCCCCUUGUCACUUCUUUACCAGUGUGGGCGAUUAUCGUGGCUGGGAUUGCCCAGUGUUUUGGUAGUUUUGCUCUAGUGACCGAAAUACCGGGCUAUAUGGACAAUAUCAUGAAUUAUGAUAUCAAUUCAAACAGCCAACUGUCGGCACUCCCUUACGUUAUCCAGUUUUUCCUAGGCCUGGCUGUUUCCCCUCUGGCCGACUUGAUCGCGAAACGAAAAUUAGUAACAAUCAGUACUUCCCGAAAAAUUUUCAAUUCCCUGGCGUCCGUUUUACCAGCCUCAGGGUUAAUUUAUUUGGCCUUUUUGACCAAUUAUGAUAAAACUCUAGUCACGGUACUGCUUAUUAUAGCCAUAAGUACUUCGACUUUUGCCAGUUCUGGUUAUUUGAUCAAUGUGGUCGACGUGGCACCGAAUCAUUCUGGAACUCUUUUUGGGAUUGUCAAUGGGAUUAACAACGUUUUUUCCAUGUUGGCACCGCUGAGUGUGUCUUUUUUUGGCACUAAUAAGAAAGACCCAAUUUUGUGGCGGAAUUUUUUCCUGCUCUCGGCUGGUAUUUACCUAGGUUGUGGCCUGUUCUACUGCCUUUUUGCCUCAGCCGAGGUACAAAGCUGGAACGACUUGGAGGAGGAAGAAUCUGAUAAGACAACAAUUGAGAAGACUGAUCUAAGUACUGUGAAAAUGACAAAUAAAGUUGUUUAAUUGA